AUGGCACUUACAGUGGCACAUCGCAGGUGGCUAGUGGCAGCGACAUGUUUGAUUGGAGCCUAUUUCUUGGCAGCGUAUCUUAACCACCCAGAAUCCAGGUACUCGUGGAAUCGCAUAAUCAGUUAUUGGCAACCCCCAUCGAUGCGCUUGGACGAUGAGGCUGGGUGGGUAGCCUGCACUCUCGGGGAAAGGGGCCAUUAUGUGGACUACCCGUACUACCGCCUUGCCUUUAUCCGAGACGGACUUGCUUUGGAGGCUCGCCCAUCCAUGAAGGCUGGCGGAGAUUACAUCGGCCUCCAGCGAUUCGAGGAAAUAGCUGUUGAGCAAGAGCCGGCAGAUGAGGACGAGUUUGCCCGUAAAAUCCGCCUAAUAGGUGCAAUCUGGCGGCCACCAGACAACAAGUACGGCUGUAGCUGCUAUGAGGACUGUGAAUAUGGCUACGGUAUUACCGAGCCCGGGGACGACGAUGGGGUAGGGAGGAAAUGGCUUGCAUGGCCAUCUUCUGGCGGGCUCUGGGCUUUCGAGGCUACCGAGCGUGAGUGUUGGAUCAGCGACGAUGUAAGAAGGUUCUCUGGUAUGUGGAGGGUGGCUAUCACGAUGGACGAGGCGGCACAGCUUCUUAAGAAUAUGAGCCGCGCAGUCUUUUAUGAGAAUCCGGCAGACUAUCCCCCCUUUGCUGAUUUAUUCGACUCGCACGGUACACACACAACUCAUGGGGACUGCAAUGGUGGGUCCAGUGGCAGCGAAGAUACUCAACAUACAAUUCGGCCAAAAGACCAUGCACAAUGA